AUGCCAUCCCCAACCGCCACACACAACCAACCCACCCCCUUCCCCCUAACCCACUUCCACUCCAUCCCCUGGUGCCACGCCCUCCUCACCCAAAAACACAUCCUCCACACCUCCACCCCCGACCGCACGCCCCUCCCCUCCGCCGAAGCCGUCCUCGUCCGCGAAACCCUCAACACGCCCCACACCGUUCGCGCCUGCGUCACUUACCUCCGUUAUCUCGGGCGCCCAAACGAGUCUGUUGGUGAGACCAAGGCGAGGCCGUUCCUCGAAUGCGCUGCGCUGCUUGAUCUAGGCUUGGGGGUGAGCGGAUUCGCGAAGACGGCGCAUGGGGGUGUGCUGGCGGUUAUGUUGGAUGAGGUGUUGGGGACGGCGGCGAAUAUGCAGGCUGAGAAAGGGGCGUACACAGCGUCACUGAAAAUCAAUUUCAAGCGGCCGGUUAAGUUGCCGCAGGUUGUGCUUGUGAGGGGACGGGUGGAGCGGGUGGAAGGGAAGAAGAUUUUUGUUAAGGGGACGGUUGAGGAUUCUGAGGGGGUGGUUAUGGGAGAGGGGGAGGCGCUGUUUGUGGAUGUGGGGAGGGAGAUUGGGAGGUGGACUUCCCAGGAGGAGAAGGAGGAGAAGGAGAGGGAGAGGGAGGGGUGGGCGAAGUUGUAG